UCAUCAUGCAAUCCUUUUUUUUUCACAAAGUAAACCCUACUAGGUUCAUCAAUGGGUUCCCUUCUCUACGCUAUUUUCAUGCUAAUGGUUGUGCUCUUGUCCAACAGUAUAUGUAUUGCUUUUCCGGGAUUCAACUUUGGACGGAUAGGUGGCGGAGGAGGAGAUGGGCCUUUUGGUGGCGGCCAAGGGUAUCCUGGUCUUUUCCCCGAAUUCUAUAGUUUCUCAUGCCCUCAAGCUAAUGGCAUUGUCAUGUCUGUACUUGAGAGUGUCAUUGCUGAAGAGCCAAGAAUGGCAGCUUCUCUAUUAAGGCUUCAUUUUCAUGACUGCUUUGUUCAGGGAUGUGAUGCAUCUGUCCUGUUGGAUGACAGUGAAGUAUUUGCAAGCGAAAAGAACUCCGGGCCUAACAGUAAUUCGAUUAGAGGUUUUGAAGUGAUCGACGAGAUCAAGUCUAAGCUAGAAGAAGCAUGUCCGGAGACCGUUUCUUGUGCAGACAUCCUUGCCCUUGCUGCUCGAGGUUCCACUGUUCUAAGUGGUGGACCGAACUGGGAACUGCCCUUAGGAAGGAGGGAUGCAACACAAGCAAGUCUGGGCGACUCAAACAACAACCUUCCGCCACCAAACUCUACCAUUCAAAACCUUAUAACACUUUUCCGGCAACAAGGCCUUGAUGAAGUUGACCUGGUCUCUCUUUCUGGAGCUCAUACCAUAGGAAUGGCAAGAUGUACUUCAUUUAAGCAAAGGCUAUACAAUCAAGAUGGCAACAAUCAACCAGAUUCAACUUUAGAGGUGACCUACUACAAUGACUUAAAAACAGUGUGCCCAGAAAAUGGUGGGGACAACAACAUUUCUCCUCUAGAUUUUGCAUCUCCAGCAAGAUUCGAUAACACAUAUUUCAAGCUCAUUAUCUUGGGAAAAGGACUUCUGACUUCUGAUCAAGUGCUUCUGUCUGGAAAUGUUGAAGAAACCAUGUUUCUGGUGAAAGCAUUCGCCGAGAAUGACGCGCUUUUCUUUGACCAGUUUGCUAGAUCAAUGGUGAAAAUGGGAAACAUUAAUCCCCUCACUGGUUAUAACGGCGAAGUGAGGAAGAACUGUCGAAUAGCUAAUUAAGUAUAACUAGAUAAUUAUAUAUAUGCUUAUUAUUAUUAUUAUUAUUAUUAUUAUUAUUAUUAUUAUUAUUAUUAUUAUUAUUAUUUCUCGAGUUUAUGUAUGUAAGCUCUCUAUUUGCUUGUAGUGCUCGAAUUCCCCUAGUUCCUAAUGAAGGGAAAUUUGGAAAA